AUGUAUUUCACAGAUUCAAAUGAUACGAAUAAGGAAGAGUUUACUGAUAAUCUAUUGGAUACAUUUCAAACUCCGUUUUGGCUCGAUGAACAUCGCUGGUUUGUUCGAUGUCAAUGGAAUUCGACGUCUGAUAACAAAGUUCUUUAUAGUUUACCGUAUAGUUUCGAGGAUUAUUUUUUUCAACAACAAGUGCAUCAUGUCAAAUCUACAUGUCUGAUUGAUGAGAAAUAUCUUUCGUAUAAUUGUGUGCGUCAAAUUCAAUCCGAAAUCACAUCGGAUUACCGUUCAUCGGUUCUUAUUCACUUUUCCAACAUUGAAUCACUAGAAAUAGAGAUGCCCACCAGUGAAAAUCUUUGGUCUCUCGUAGCC